UCUUCUUGAAACUGUUGAGUGUAAAUAGCCACAAGUUCAAGGGUCGUACGUAAGUCGUAACGCACACCAAACAUGCAUGGUUCACCAUCAUGACACGCCUCAUGUCCAAUGGUCGUAGCUUUUCACAAGGGACCUAAGACUCUUAAUUUCACUAUUUAUAAGUGCCAUGAAGUAUAAGCCUAGGAUCAUUCAUCAAAUAUUCACAUUAUAAUUAUUAUUAUAUGAUAGUGUGUUGCAUGUGAUGGAUUUCGGGUCUUCUUUCUACGUGAGCCAAGAGGAGUUCAACCUGUUCCACAGAACAGACAGGGAACUGUACAAGAUCCUUGUGAUGAGCCUUUCCCGAGAACCAACCGAGUCGAUGCAGGUAUACGCAAUGUGGCUGUGGCUGGAGAGGGUGGGGUUUCGCAACGUGGUGAAGAGGGUGUUGUCCUUGCCCAACAUAUUGAUUAACGAAGUGGCGGAGGAAACAGUUAUGUGUCUGAACUGCAUUAGAAGCAACAACUUAAUAAUAGCUUCGGAAAGCACAGAGAUUCCACUUCUCCAAAGCAUGGUGGACAAGGAGAUAUCGGUUCAGUUCAUGCAGGAAAACCGAGUGAACGCGGUUGAGGGGGUGGCGAAGGUGGUGCAAGAGGUGUGCGUGAGGGCCUUCACGGACAUCAUGCAGCAAGCGAUGGUGAGGAACUCGAACGAGGGCCAAAACCAAGGGAGCAGCCAUGGGAAUGGGGCCAAUGGGCCGUUCUGGUUCGGGUCGAUUGGGCCGGCGAAUGUGGCGGCGGAUGAGAGGACGCUGUUUGUGACGUUCUCGAAGGGGUACCGCGUUGAAGAGUGGGAAGUGAGAGAGUUCUUUGUGAUGGCGUAUGGGGAUUGCAUUGAGGCGCUGUACAUGCAGGAAGUGCAACCGAAUGAACAAGCGCUCUUCGCUCGCAUUGUUUUCCGCAUGGUUUCAACCAUUGACAUGAUACUCGGAGGGGCUUCCAAAGCCAAGUUCAGCAUCAAUGGGAAGCAUGUUUGGGCCAGAAAGUUUGUGCCUAAACGAACCGCUACAAGGACUAAUUUGCUUCCAAACUUCCCCGGGGAAUCCUCUGCUUCUGGAUCCCCAUCCGGAUCCUAGUACUCCUACUCGAUCAUUUGCAUUCCUGCCUUUUUUGUUUUUCCCUGUAUAUCGUGUUGUUUCUGAAGUCUAGAUUUCUAUAUAUGUCAUUCUCAUAUGUUUUCAUCAGACAAGCCUUAGUCCAUCUUCUUCAAAUCUAUGUAUCAUCUCCUCCAAAGAUUUUUCGAUGGUGACAAAUGUA